UAACACGAAACUCAACCAUGUGACCAAUGGCGAUUUCAAGAGGUGGGGGGAAAUACGCUUUACAUAAAACACCAGCGAGUAGUGCGGCCGAGAAUGUAGAGAAGUAUUGGAUCGUGUUUGAUCCGGAGAUGUUUCCUGUCAUUAUCGAUGGAAUAAACCAUUUGCUGCCGUUUUCUUUUUAAACAAGGUGAGGCGGAAGCGAGGGAUCCACCUGCUCGAUGUUUCCCGUUUUGCUUCGAUCACCUGAAAACAACCAGAUCGAUGUAAUGUGUCUUCAGCUGUUUUUAAGAUGGGCAUUAAAUCCACGCAGUGAAUGUUGGACCCAAUGAAAUGGACCCGAGCUGAGGCCCCCGACGCCCGAGUCGCCCUCAUUUUGCCCUGCUGGCCCCGGGGAGAGAUGGCAGCGUGCCCGGAUGUGCUGGUCACGCCUGGAGUUUUGGUUAGGAGUGUUUUACUGCUGGUACUGAGCAGUAACCCUGUGUUGGGGAAUUAUACAACGGCAGCGAGUGGAACCACAGCUAACAUCCCCACUGGAUCCAACAUUGCAGCCAUCGUGGCCCCCACGGUCACGCUGGGUGUCCUGGCCGUGGUGCUGGCUGUGCUCGGUUGGCUCUUCUGCGUGGUGAAGAAGAGGAGACAGACGGAAGGGACGUACAGACCCAGCGUGGAGGAACAAUCCGGUGCGCGUGGCGUGGCGGCACCAGAUGCUCUAAAGUUACCGAAGGAGGAAAGGCUCAUUUGAAAUUUCAGGGUGUUCUGAAAGUCCUGCAUGGACAGAGACCGCGAGCAGGGAUGCGCGGCAUCGUUCCCGUGAGAUGACCCGCUCUCUGCCUUGAGCUGAUGAAUGGAAGAAAAAGCUUGCGAGGUUUAAGAGAGGACACGUUUUUAUUUCAACAAGCACUGAAUAGGUCCUUUGCGGCGCCGUGGUAAAUUGCGCCUGGAUGCCCUGGAUUUAUAUUUCAGAAAGAAUUGAACAUUUCAACGAGGUUUUGAACAUUUCCUCGGCACAAACAACGCUUCAGUAUUUUAUCACCAAAACUAAUUUUAGAUGUUUAUCUUGUUUUAGUUGCCACUUAUCAUGUACCGAUACUUGAUUUGAUUCAGGCUCUUCGAAAUCAAUACCAAUAUUUUACCUCAAACUUAUUUUGGUUUUUGCGACUGACUCCUGGUUAGUGAAUUGUCAAUGUUGUUAAUCUUAAAUCAAUAUGUGUUUCUUAGCAUAAAAAUGAUUAGUGCGAUUAAACAUAUUACAGCGCACAAACUCAUUUGAUUUUAUAAAGGCAGAUAUUUUUUAAAAAGGAAGUUUAACUCAGCAUUUGUUUACACUUCAAAUACUCUAAACUUAAUUAAAGACACAUUUAAAGACCAUUUCAUCAGCAGUGAAUAAUGCAAUAUCAUCAUUACGCACAUUUUACCAUGUCCAAUGUUUAUUUAUGCUUCUGUCAAAUAAAUGUUUAAAAAUAUAA